CCAAGAGAGGAAAAUUUGACGUGGCGGAGUUGGGCUUUCACUUAAAACUUGAAGCCGAAACGUGCGACCUUGUUGCCAUUCUCCAGGAGAAGUCCACUCGUGCAUUUGCAGAUUCCAUGAUGGGGCGAAAUCUAACACAUCAUUCCAAACCUCCCGUACAGGGCCAUGAGUCUCCUCAUAGUAGGAGUCCGUCUAGGAAGAGUCAAUAUCGAAGAGAAAGAUCACCUACCCGUCACAGAGAUUCCCACAGAGGCAGUUCUCCAUCAAGUGAGAAAUAUUCAAUUCGCCUCAAGUUUCCCAAGCAUGCAAGGUCACCCUCUCCUUUCUCUCCUUUUCCCCGGACAAAACGGUUAAGAAGAGCUGAAGCUGGAGAAGUGCUUGAGACAGAACAGGAAAGGAUCAAUGGUCGGGAGAUCAGUUGGAAUUUACAGGAAGGUGGUUCUAAUGGAUAUGUUAGAAGAACGGAGAAUUUUUCUGGAAGGAAUGAUACUCAUGGUAAAUCUUCAAGAUCAAGGCAUGGUAGUUCUCCAUCAGAUAGAGAGUGCAGGAGUAGACAUAGACACUCGCCUCAACAUGCUUGUGAUACAAGAGAUAGGGAGAAAGUAACUGAGAGCCGUGACAGAAAUCAUACUAGAGGGAAUGAUAGAAGAAUGUAUAGGGAAAAUGAGACUGAUAGAAUGGAAAGAAUGACAGCAAAAGACCGUACGGGUUAUCUGUCUUCAAGCUCGAGGCAUGAUAUUUCUCCAUCAGAUCAACACCGCAGGAGUAGACUUAGAUCUUACUCUCCUCAACAUACUUGUGAUACAAGACAUGGGGAGAAAGUGAUGGAGGACCGUGAAAGAAAUCAUAGCAGAGAGAAUCGUAGAAGCUUGCAUAUGGAGAAUGACAAUGAAAGAAUGGAGAGAAUCACAGCAAAAGACAGUACUAGUCAUAGGUCUUCAAGAUCAACGCAUGGUUCUCCAUCAGAUCGAAACAGCAGGAGUAGAUAUAGAUCUCUUUUACCUCAACAUACUGGUGAUACAAGAGACAAUGAGAAAUUAAUUGAGGGCAGUGAAACAAUUUAUAGCAGAGAAAAUCAUAGAAGUAUAGAUAGGAAAAAUGAUACUGAAAGAUCGGAGAGAUUGACAGCAGAAGAGAAUACUGGUCAUAGGUCUUCAAGAUCAAGGCAUGUUACUUCUCCAUCAGAUCGACACUGCAGUAGUAGACAUAGAUAUCACUCACCUCAACAUGCUGGUGAUACAAGAGAUGAGGAGAAAAUAAUUGGUGGCCGUCAAAGAUUUCAUAGGAGAGAGAGUGAUAGCAGUAUGCACAGGGAAAAGCAUUCAGAUAGGGAAAUUCAGACUGAAAAAAUGGAGAGAAGGACAGCAAAAGACAGUUCUGUUCAUCGGUCUUUAAGAUCAAGAAAGGGGCAAUCUACUUCUCCGUUGAAUGGAUACCACAAAAACAAACACCGAACUCAUUUUUCUGAACAAGCUGCAGAUACCAGAGCUCACAAUAAGGUGCCCAAGUUCAUGGAGGCUAAAGCUAGGAUUGAUGAGAAUGAUUCAGUAGCUAUGAUGAGGGCUGCUGAGGAAGUCUUGGAAUCUCAGAAAAAGCAAAAGUCUUCAUUUGAGUUAUUUGGAAAGCUUGCUGUGGAAACCAGUAGAUUCAGGGGAGAUGGCCCUAAGAAGAAGCUUAUAUCGAGUAAUGCCAAUGGUGAUGAAGACUAUGAUAAUGGAAGAACACGAAGCAUAUGUAGGCUGAAUUUAGCACCAAGAAAAAAGAAGCUUCUCGUGUUCGAUCUCAACGGCUUACUGGUCUACAGAGUUUUUUGUUUUAACAAGGGUGGUAUUCCAAAGGAUCGUACUUCUGAUGGGAGAUGUGGAAACCAUCUAGUUUAUAAAAGACCUUUUGCUGAGGAGUUUAUGCUAUUCUGCCUCGAAAGAUUUGAAGUUGGAAUAUGGACUUCUGCUCUGGAGAAAAAUGUUGAUGGUGUCUUGGAUUGUGUGAUGGAAAAGCUGAGAAGCAGACUCGUAUUUGUGUGGGAUCAGCAUCGAUGUACUGAUUCUGGGUACAAGUCCCUGGAAACGAAAAUGAAGCCUCUAUAUCUCAAAGAAGUGAAGAAAGUAUGGGAUCAUUUUGAGGGGAAGUUUUCUGCAUCGGAUACUCUAUUGAUUGAUGAUCAGCCAUACAAGGCCCUUCUCAAUCCUCCUUACACAGGGAUUUUCCUGGAUCCUUACAUUCCCGACAAUGGUAGUGACAAUGCUUUAGAUCCAAAGAAAGAAUUGGGGGAGUAUUUGGCUGGCCUUGCGGUUGCAGAUGAUGUUCAGCUUUAUGUAAAGGAAAAUCCCUUUGGCCAGCCUGCGAUUUCAUCUGAACAUCCUAAUUGGAAUUUUUACUCUGCUGUGCUUCAAAAACUUGGAAAAUAUCUAUAGUGUUGGGCUUCGGCUUCAAUGGAUUGAUGUAAACCAGAUUCCUACCUUGUGGUUGUAUUUGCUUGUGGAGUUCAACUUGUCUCAUAUAUUUCGCACUUUAUGGAGUUCAAAGUACCGGAUGUAUUACAGUUUGGACAAUAGAGUACGUAAUCGGAAAAAAAUGGGAGGAGUACCAAAGUGAUAUAUAUGACCAUCUCCUAUCAGUGACAGUUCAGGUAAUGACACCAUCAGAAGAUUUCCAAAGAUCAAAACAUGGCAGGCUCCUCAUAGAAGUUGAAGCAUUUGGA